AUGUCGGGCUUCGAGAUCGCCGGCGUCGUCCUCGGGGCGUUUCCCAUCCUCUGUGACACAGCCAAGGAUCUCGGAACGGUAUUCAAAAAGACAAAAUCAUGGUGGCAGUUUGAGACGUCUUUUGAGAACUUUGUCUCGACGAUAGCCACCCAGGAGAUUGCCUACAUACAAGUCCUGGAGCGCUUGCUUGAUCCCUUAGACAUCACGGACGGAGAGUAUGACGGCCUGCUGAGGAACCCGAGGUCGACCCUUUGGCAUGAACCGCACAUCCAAGAGGAGUUGCGGCACUGCCUGCCACAGAACAAGUUCCCAUGGUUCAUGUGGAAUCUUUCGGAGCUCAACACGGCAAUCGAAGGGCUGCAGAACCUGCUUCCCAUUGGCAAGGCAAGAGACUGUGUAUACUACAUGGAUUCUACCAAUCUCGAAAGCGAGCUGUAUCGUUUGCAGACGAGCUUCAGCAGCGAAAAGGACCGCCUUCUGAAGCGUAUCACGGAUAUCAACGACGACCUGCACCAAUUCUUCGACAGAGCUUCAACAGUGACCAGACCCCCUGCUGCGAAGCCGACGAUACCUUUCCGCGACCUGCAUAACCAGGCCGUCACAUUCUACGAAUGCCUGGCGCGCUGUUGGAAAUGCUGCUGCUCGGCUGCGCACACAGUCGGCAUCACGACUCACCCAGCGAUUCAAAAGCCGCCUCGGGCGGCCGAACGCGGGUACUUCAAUGUCCUGUUCGAAGCUAAAGCUAAUCCCAAGCAACUACGACUGCAAGUUGAGACAGUUACAACCGUCAAUUGUAUGGUAGCCCUCGACCCCGCGCCGGCUGCACCAACCAUCAAGAUUGACGCGGCCAUUGAACUGAAGAGUCAGAUGCUUGUCAAGAGCCAUCUCAAGUCGGCCUCGAGCGCAGCAAGCGAAAACAGUAUCUCCGCUCUGGCGCUCACAUCUUUGUCGAUAUCGGGACAGGCACGCAAGGCGCCGCAGAAGUCCAUACUCAAGAGCGCGGCGAACAAGUUGAGAAAGCUUCAACAUCGGAAAAGUGCCGACAGCACCCAGGGACUCAAGACCUCGACCGAGCCAGCGUCGCUCUCCAGUCUCAGUACGUCUAGCUUGUCAACCAGUACCACCACACUCACGAGUGGCGCGAGUCUAAAAGAACCCCCAAAGAAAAACGGGUUAUCGCGUUCUCGAAGUAGCGGCUCGUCGACGGCGGUACGAUUCGUCGACGCAGAAACCCCGCCAUCUUCGGCCCAGACAGACGAAGGUCGGAACAGAGAGGUCAAGAGCCUCUGCGACUUCGUCAUGGGCGCCGACACUCCCCACGGUGACAAACGCAACACGCUGUCGUUCGACGAGGGCCGGCGGGUGAUACUGGAACCCGAGCCAUUGGACCAGAGCACCCUCAAGGCGGCGACUACGCAAUCUAUCGACCAUUUCCUCCAGACCACCAAGGUGAGACACAGCCGUCUCUCCGUCGGCCUCAGCUUCGCUCUCACCCUUCUCUGCCUGGCCACGUCGUCGUGGAUACCGGUGCAGCCGUCCAAGGACGAUGUUUUCCUCGUCUGCUGCGAGUCGGGCGGCAAGAUGCCGCAGCGACUGGGGCCCUACUUCUCGCGGACCUCGCGCGAAAUAUGCUCGUCGUCGCCGUCCGACUCCACAGACAGCGGCCGGGUGUGGGACGCCAAGGCUUCUCUGCUCCUCCUCGGCGUCGUGCUCCUCGAGCUCUUUCACGGCCAGACGCUCGAGCAGCAGGCGUCCUGGGCCGAGUCGCUCGACGAUGACGGCCAGCCGAACGAGAGCACGAGGUUCUGCGGCGCGUUCCUGUGGGUGUGCAGGGCGGAGGAGUCGCUCAAGGAGCACUUUGGCAGAGAGCUCGGCGGGGCGCUGUCCGAGGCGAUCCGCAAGUGCAUCUGCUUCGACUUUGGCCGGGACGACGACCGCGGCGACCUGCGACUCGCAGAGGUGGUGUACAAGGAGGUCGUGGUGCCGCUGGAGAGGUGUUGCCCGCAAAUGUGA